CUCUGGGGGAAGGACCCACCGCGUAGUCACUGCCCGGCAACGGGCGGAAAUAGGGCUCCUGGCAGGAGGCGCGGAAGUUACCGGGCAAGGGCAGGCCAUCCCGGCGGCGCUGCUCGGGGCCCCGCGGAGCCGCCGCCUGCAGCCCGAGGGUUCGGCCCCGGCCCCGGGAAGCCGGAUUCCCAUCAUGGUGCUCAAGAUCUUCUUCCCUUCUUGCUGUUCCUCUGCAGACAGUGGCCUUUUGAUUGGCCGGUGGAUCCCAGAACAGAACUCUGUGGUUAUCUUAGCUGUCAUUCACUUCCCUUUCAUUCCUUUCCAAGUAAAGCAGUACCUCUCUGACAUACAGAAGGUGAGCCAGGUAGAGAUUGUUGUGCUGGGCACUUGGUGUAACAACAAGCAGGAGAAGGAAGAGAGCCUGGGCAAAUUCUUAGAUGACCUGGGCACCAUUUUUUCUCAUGAGCCUUGGCUCCAACUUAGCAAAGAGAAAGGAAGUAAGUUCUGGAGCUGCCACAUCCUUUCCAGACAAACAGGCACCCCCAAAGAAGACCAGAUCAUUUUGAUCUAUUAUGACCAGCGCAAAGCCAUGCUAUCCCAAUUGCAUCCCCCUGAAAUGUCUCUGGAUAACCAGCCAGGGCUUGUCACUGCUCGUGAUGCUUCAAAAUUUACAGCUGUGUUUGACACAGUGGCCAGAAGUGAGGUGCUGUUCCUGACAGACAGGUACGACGAUGGGCCCAUCAAACUGAGCCACUGGCAGUCGGAGGGUGUGGAGGCCAGCAUCAUUGUGGAACUGGCAAAGCAGGCGUCUGUGCCUGUGUGCAUGCUGCUGACGUUCUUGCUUUCCCUUGUCUCUGGACUUUGUAGAAGCAGAAUACUUAAGUUUUGGCCUUUGUCCUUCAUAUGGAGCAAACUCUCAACUUGUGAGCAGGUUGGAUGUCGACUAGAACAUCUCAGAUUUGUCUUUAGCAACCAAAAAGCUGAGAACCAAACCCAACUGAUGAGGAAAGCCAACGUCUUUGUUUCCCUCCUUCUUGACAUGGCUCUGGGGAUCAUGCUGCUGUCCUGGUUAUACAGGAAGAAUCGGAUUGGUCAGCUGGCUGAUGCUCUCAUCCCAGUUGCAGAUCAUGUAGCCCGGGAACUCCAGGACCUGCUGCAGUGGCUGAUGGGAGUUCCUGCUGGUCUAAAAAUGAACCGGGCUUUGGAUCAGGUGUUGGGUCGCUUCUUUCUCUACCACAUUCACCUUUGGAUUAGUUAUAUCCAUUUGUUGUCCCCAUUCAUUGAAAUGAUCCUGUGGUAUGUAGGUCUUUCAGCCUGCCUGGGUCUGACAGUGGUGUUGUCCAUACUUUCAGACAUCAUUGCACUCCUCACUUUCCACAUCUAUUGCUUUUACGUCUAUGGAGCCAGACUGUAUUGUCUGAAGAUCUACGGCUUGUCUUCUCUCUGGCGUCUCUUCCGAGGAAAGAAAUGGAAUGUCCUGAGGCAGCGGGUGGAUUCCUGUUCCUAUGAUUUGGAUCAGCUAUUUAUUGGGACUUUGCUUUUUACCAUCCUGUUAUUCCUUCUGCCCACCACAGCCCUCUACUAUUUGGUCUUUACUCUGCUUCGUCUAUUGGUGGUGAUCGUACAAGGGCUGAUCCAUUUGCUAGUGGACCUCAUAGACUCUCUUCCCCUCUAUUCCAUUGGUCUUCGGCUAUGCAGGUCUUACAGACUUGCAGCUGGUGUAAAGUUCAGAGUCCUGGAGCAGGAAGCAGGCAAGCCUCUUCGACUGUUGAUGCAGAUCAACCCUUUGUCGUAUGGCCGUGUGGUACAAACCUACCGUCUCCCCACGUACAGCUGUUACCCUAAGGACUCCUGGGGCUCACUGUGUAAGAAGCUGUUUUUUGGUGAGCUCAUCUACCCCUGGAAGCAGAAAGGAGAUAAGCAGGACUGAAGAGUGGAAAUCAGCCAAAUGUGCAAGCCUGAGCCAAAGCAAACGUUUUAACUUGCUGCUCUCGGGCCAAAGGCAGCUUGAAGCCAACAGCUGCUGGCUCAGUGCUGCCUGAACUCCUUUGGCCAAGACACUGAGACUUUAGCAGGGACAGGAGCAAGGUUUAAGGUGGAAAGCACUUUGUGGGUUCUCUUUUAGUUUUUCUCUUCCCAUCUGAGCACUUAGGUAGUAUUGACUGGUUGAGGGGAGGAGUUGGGGGUUUUAGUGAAGUGUUGCUACAUCCUCCAUUACACUAAUGCCUCCUGUGCAGGCCAGGGAUCAGCAGCUAUUUUUAAAGAAAGGUCAGUAUCCUAGGUGCCUCAAGCACAAGAUGAUGAUGUCCCUGUGCAAUGGUGCCCAUAUGGAUCCCAUAGUGUCUUUCUCCUCUGUCCUGCCUGGUCCUUUGUUAUAAGAUUAGUUUCUAAGGGUAAGUUUUGUUGAACAUGAGCAGUUGCUGCUGUCAGUCAUGACUGUGGUGGGAAUGUGUGUUCAGUGUGGGCUGCCUUCCCACUCUACUUAACAGAGUAUGUCAUUGAACAUUUCAGAAGCUGGUGACCAGCAUUCAGACUAUGUGCUGACAAACAUACAGCUUCCUCUCCCCAGGCAUGGUAGGAAACACUUAUUUUUUAUAUCAGUUCAUGUGUUCUUGCUGAAAAACUGACCUUUCCCUUCCCUGAAGCACUCAGGAGGGUAUAUUGAGUAGAUAGCUCUUCCCCCAGAUAGACCUCUGCUCCAUUGCUAGAAAGAGCUGGCUGCUGUAGGACUAUUCACUUUCUCCUUUCACUGUUUUUCUGUUUUCUGAGAUUCUCUUCUGAUUCAGUUACCAAAUGCCACACUCUGUGAUUUGUGCCACAUACUGUUAACCUAAUGGACAUCAACUCCCUUUAAUGUUAAUAAGUGAUUCAAGCCUCCAGUUGUCACCAUAGCUCUCUAAUGUUUUCCCUGUCCCAGGUGUGUUUGGAAUCUUCCACAUUGCUCCUCUACAUCUAUAUAUACAUAUAUAUUUUUACAGAAAUCUGUGUUCUCUUCUUUUCAAAGAUUGUACUAAGAAACAUUGUACAAGAUCGAUCUUUCCACUUGCUAGAGAUUUAAAGGUAGUAGGCACUAAUUGGCACUUCAAAUUCAUAUUUGCAUUAUAAGCAGAGCUGCAAAUUCUGGUCUUCUCCCUGGAUACCACUUCCUUUUCAUGUUGCCACAGGAUUCUGAAAUCGUGACUCUCACUUCUAUUUGAGUAAAAUUUCUCUUUGGAGGACAGAACAGAGAGAAUGUCCUUUAAGGAUAUUCUGCUCCCUACAAUUAUAAUCUCUUUGGUGAGCUUAUAUGGUCAGACCUAAAAAUAUCUCAUUUCCUUUGUGAGAGAGAUAAUGUGUGUGUGUGUGUGUGUGUGUGUGUGUGUGUGUGUGUGUGUAUUUCCUGCUAAAAUAACAUUUCUGAGGGCUUUCCAGAAGGGUUUCUUCUGAGCUGACCUAAGAUAGUCAUUUGUAAAUUCAGCAGUUUUGGGAGAUCAAAGCAGCCAUCAUGCCCACAUUGGGCCUGACCUAUCUGGCCCCAGAAAGCCUACUUAAGAUCCACUUAAUGGGAAGCUCAGGGAAAGUGGCCUAAAUCUCUUGCUGAACCAAUUCAACAGAAUUUUCCCCAGUUGCAAAAAUUUCAUGGAGAAAUAAAUUUUCAGAAUGAGCCACCAUGGGGGCCUGAAUGAUGAAAGUACCAUUUGAAGCCAGGCCUCUAUGUGGACAACUAAAGACAGGUUCCAAAGAUGACAGAGCAACUUCUGUUUGUGUUCUGGGUUUGCACACACAAAUGAUCGAUCACUUACCAUCUACCUCCAGUGAUAUAAACUAUAGUACUUCUUUUGAAAUAAUUCUUGGAUUCCUAAUUAGGAUCUUCUAGUCCCUUGUUCCUAACCUUGCAUUUACAUCUCUGGAGAAUCUGAAAUAGUUUUGAUAAACAUGGGUCCACCUUGUACUAACAAAUCUUGAAGGGGAGAAAAUAAUUGUCUCCUUAAAAGAUAUGAACUGGUUAGAUUGUAAACUUCUUGAGAACAGGGACCAUGUCUUAAUUUAUCUUGACCAUUUCAGUGCUUACUAUACUGUCAAUCUUAAUUUAAGUUUGACAGUGUACUAGCAUUUGAUAAAUGUUUUUCUCCUUUGAAAGUCAGACAAAAGUGUUAGCAGAAUUGGUUUCAUCACAUUUAUAAUGGCAAUUAGAAACAUAAUUUAAUAGGACCUGUGGUCAUCUUUUAGUACUCAUUAUGAGCAUAAGCAAAGCCCCCCAUGAAAAUAAUUGCAGCUUAUGCAUCAGUGUCCAUUGUAGAGAAAUUCUACAAAGAAGUAGAUAAGAUCCUCCAAACCAAGCCCAUACUUUGACACUGAAUGACUUCAGUUAGAAAGGUGAGGAGGAUGAAAAUAUGUUGGAAAAUAUGAUGCAUGCUGCUGAACAGAUAUGUCAAAUGACAUACAGUUUUCAAAAGAACAGUCAACAACUAUAUGAAAAUCAGUAAUAAUUAGAGAAAGGCAAGUUAAAACAACCCUAGUCUCACCUCACAUUCCUUAAAUUAUCAAAAGUUUUAAGAGAGUCAAUUUUGGAGGGACUAUGGGGGGAAAAGGCACACCAAUAAACCAUUCUGAAAAACAACCUGAUAUAUAUUAUGCAACUUACACUGUUCAUACUCUUAGACUCAUGUAUCCUACCAUUUGAUCUAUUCCUCAAAGAUCCCGUUCCAAAAUAUUUAUAGUAGCCCUUUUCAUUGUAGCAAAAAAAAUUGGAAACAAAGUGCAUGCCCAUUGAUUGGAGAAUGGCUGAACAAACUGUGAUAUAUGGAUGCAAUAUAAUAUUAGUGCAUUGUAAAAAAUGAGGAAUUCAUAGAAAUACGGGAGGACUUUAUGAAUCGAUGCAGAGUGAAGAAAGCAGAAUCAGGAAGAAAAUAUGCACAGUGACUCAUAAUGUAAAUGAAAACUCUAAAAGACACCAAAAAUCAGAUUAAAUAUAAUGAUCAAUCUUGGUUCCAGGGGACUGAUAAUGAAAAACACUUCCCUUCUCUUAGUAGAAAGGUAAUAGACUAUGAGUACAAAAUGUUACAUACGCUAUCACAUGUAGUUGUUGGAUUGGAAUUUACCUUAGCUGUUUAUCUUUAUUAUAAGGAAGGGUUUUAUGGGAGCACUUAUUGGGAAAUGACUAGUAUUAAAAAAUCAUCAAUAAAACAUUGAGAAGUGACAGGUUUGAAAAACAAUGAAGGCCAAAGGUUAGAAGCUUAAUGCUUUUAUUUCAAUAAAGCCAGUAAACAUUUA